AUGCCUAAAACCAUACCCAUUGAUCCAGAUGGUAAAAGGGAGUAUGAGAAUGAUGCUAAAGAUAAACAUGUCAUUUUAUGUGGAUUGUCAAAAGAAGUGUUUGUGAAGAUCAGGCAUUGUGGUUCUUCCAAAGAAGUAUGGGACAAACUUAAUAACAUAUAUUAUGGUAAUGAUAAGGUAAAGCAAGCCAAUAUACUAACUCUUAGGGAAAAAUUUGAAGGUAUGAAAAUGACUAAUGAAGAAAAAGUUGCUGACUACUUUCUUAGAGUAGAUGAAACAGUCAAUGCCAUUAGAGGCCUAGGAGAAACUAUUGAUGAUAAGGAUGUUAUCGAAAAGGUUAUGAGAUCUCUACCUACUAAGUAUGACUCUAAACUGUCUGUCAUAGAAGAACUAAAAGAUUUAAAUACCUUGACAAUGGAUGAACUUCAUGGAACUCUUACUUCCUAUAAGAUGAGAACUUGUAAUGAAGAAACUUCUCAUAGAGAAAAUGCUUUUAAGACUGAAAAGAAAAACAAAAAAAUUAAGUCUAAAUCUGAAAAUGAUAUAGAGGAAGCAAACUUUGUUAGAAAACUCAAAAAGGGAGCAGGAAAAUACAAAGACAAACUUCCUUUUAAGUGUUUUAAUUGUGGAAAAAUAGGUGAUAUUACAGACAACAAUUCUAAAGAGUCUAUUUAUGGUGAGGAAAAAGUUUUAUUUAUGUCUACCGAGUGUUCUGUAAAGAAACAGAGUGAUAAUGAUGUUAUUCUAUCUGAACUUGAGAGUGAGAAUGAGGUUGAUCUAGAAGGUGAGCUAAUUUGUGCUCUCAAAGAAGUCAAAAGGUUAAAAAAGGAAAUUUGUGCUCAAAAGGAUCAAGCGACAACCCUAACAAAUAAAAUUGGUGUUCUAGAACCUAUGGUGACUGAUUUGACAAGACAGGAUGAGGAACAUAAAAGAAUUGAGGAUGUUAUAAAGACUGAAUUGGCAGUAAAAAAUGAGUCUUAUAAAAAAUUGGAAGCAGAAAUAGUUAGUCUAAAAAGAAAGCUUGAAAAAUAUGAUAACACUAGGCUAGAAGACAUUUUGAGUAAACAAAGAAAAGUUAAAAACAUUCCUAGUUUGGGGUUUGAAGUUGGACAAAGCUCUAGUGCAAACAAUAAUAAAACCCUGUAUGAUAUUUUCAGUUUGAAUUUCAAGACACAAAGGCAGCAAAUUCAAAGAAGAACAAAGAAAGCAGUUCAAAAUCGAACCAUUAGAAAUUCUUACAAGAUUGUUAUAUGGGAUUUAUAG